AUGAAGCUCAUCCUUCAAGGCACACAGGAGGCUGAUAGUAGCCCAGAGCAGAUAUACCAACUUGUCACCGGCCUUAUCGAGGAGGACCUCCUGUACUUGCUUGCCGUGAACCUGUGGCGCCUGCCCUUCGAAUCUCGUAAAGAUACGCAAGUCAUAUUUUCCUACGUUUUCCGAUUCCGCCCGUCUACUGCUUCGCCCAAAAGCGAUCCACUUGCAUUAUCCUACGUUGUCAACAACCGUCCACAAGUCCUCCUCGAACUUUGCCGAGGGUACGAGCACAAGGAAAGCGCAACCCCUGCUGGAUCUGUCUUACGAGAAGUCUUGAAAUCAGAGGCUGCUGCUGCCAUUAUAUUAUAUGACGACAACGAAGAAUCUGGCUCCAGCAAUAAGGGUCUUAAUUUGAUCGAUAAGGAUCGUCGGCAAAGCGGCAACGGUGUCUUUUGGAGGUUUUUCGACUGGGUUGACAAGAGUUCUUUUGAGGUCGCAGCGGACGCCUUCACCACCUUCAGGGAACUACUUACGAAACACAAGGAGUUGGUACCACGGUAUCUUUCAGUAAACUUUGACCUAUUCUUCGACAAAUACAACAACACUCUUGUGCAAUCCAACAGUUAUGUUACGAAACGGCAGUCCAUCAAGCUACUUGGCGAGAUUUUGCUGGAUCGCUCCAACUACAGUGUUAUGACCGCCUAUGUGGACCGUGGAGAGCAUCUCAAGAUCUGCAUGAAUCUCCUUAGGGAUGAUCGCAAAAUGGUUCAGUACGAGGGCUUCCACGUCUUCAAGGUCUUUGUCGCCAAUCCACACAAGUCUAUUGCCGUCCAGAAGAUUUUACUGAUGAACCGAGAAAAGCUGCUUACUUUCUUGUCUCAUUUUCUGGAGGAUCGCACUGAUGACGAACAAUUCAUUGAUGAAAGGGAGUUUCUGAUCAAACAGAUCAGGAACAUGCCGCCGAACCCAGUACAGCCUCAGAGGCACGGUGUGCCUGGAGGCAGCUAA